GAGACAGAGAGAGAGAGUGACACAGAGAGAGGGAGAGACAGAGAAAGAGAUGGAGAAGUAGAGAGACAGACAGAGAGGGAGAGACAGUGAGAGAUGGAGAAAUAGAGAGAGAGGGUGGGAGACAGACAGAGAGAGAGAGACAGAUAGAUAGAUAGAGAGAGAGAUGGCGAAGUAGAGAGAGAGGGGGAGCGAGGGAGAGUGACAGAGAGAGAGGGAGGGAGAGAGGUAGAGAGACAGAGAGAGGAGAGACAGAGCGAGCAAGAGAUGGAGCAGUAGAGAGAGGGGGAGAGAGACAGAGAGAGAUGGAGAAGUAGAUAGAGAGGGAGAGAGAGAGAGAGAGUGGAGAGAGUGAGAGAGGGAGGGAGAGAGAGGUAAAGAGAGAGAGAGAGGUAUAGAGAGCGAGGCUGCAGUAGACCAGGUUUAUGACUUCAGUCUGCAGACGUCGUGCGUCGACAUUCAGCACCUUCAAGCUUGCUAGUCGAUGUUCUACUGCCUUAUUGAAAAGAUUUAUUUUGUUGCCACUUGGCUUGAAGUUUCUCUGACAAAGGAGACCGUGGGCGUGAAGAUGUCCCUGAAGGAGGUGAAGCUAUGGAACAUGUCCCUGCAGGAGGUCCAGCCGUGCAACAUCAGCCUGACACUGAGCAGCAAGAAUAUGAGCUGCACAAGCCAAGCAAUAGUUCCUAAAGCCGCCAACAGAGCCAAAGAGAUGGAAUCAGUGCGUAUUCUGCUCUACACGCUCAUCUUCAUCAUCAGCGUAUUUGGAAACCUCCUCAUCAUCACUGUCCUGAUUCUCAACAAGCGUAUGAGAACGGUCACCAACUCUUUCCUGCUCUCGCUUGCCCUGAGUGACCUGAUGAUGGCCAUCUUCUGUAUGCCCUUCACCCUCAUCCCCAAUAUACUGGAGGAUUUCAUCUUUGGUGCCGCCAUGUGCAAGAUAGUCACCUACUUUAUGGGACUCUCCGUCAGCAUCUCUACCUUCAGCCUGGUGGCAAUUGCCAUUGAGCGAUAUAGUGCCAUCUGCAACCCACUGAAGUCCAGAGCAUGGCAAACCAAAUCCCACGCAUACCGUGUUAUUGCGGCUACCUGGGUGCUGUCACUCCUUAUCAUGAUUCCUUAUCCCGUGUUCAGCAUCAUCAAGACUUUCCCCAAGGCCAAUGACACUGUGGGCCGCAUGUGCCGCCUCCACUGGCCCAGUCAACAAGCUGAGCAAACUUGGUAUGUAUGCAUUAUCCAUCCAUCCAUCCAUCCAUCCGCAUGUUGUGGGACACAGUGUUAAAAACACAUUUGUUGAUUCCGCAGUAUUGCAGUUUCAAAAUCCUCACAUAAUACCAUCACAUGUUACGGUAUUAAACAAAAUCUUGCUCAGUGUAGUUUUUUCUGGCGCUUUUGCGUUGGCCGAUCUUAAAAUAAAGUAUUUCUCACAAAAUCAUCUGCAGAGCAAGGGAGUGGCACGGCGGGGCCCUAGAAAGUGGGAGAAGGGUGUUUGUAGUAGAUAAGAGGAAUUGUUUUUUCUAACAUAUGAUGGAAAUGUAAUCAAAAUCUGUCCAUAACUUUUUGAUUGAUGUUGCUAACUAACCUGGAGAAAACAUCACCUCUUUGGCGGAGGUUAUAAAGU